AUGUCCACCACAGCAAAGCUGCGAGUCAUUUUUGAUGAUCUUACUGUGCGCAAAUUGAUUCUACCAUCCGGUAUCCCCAGUACUCUUCAGGAUCUCAAGCUUGUCAUCCAGAGCACAUUCAGCACUCCAGAUGGCUUUUGUCUAAUGUAUCAAGAUGUGGAGUUCGGGGGCCAAUUAUUUACACUGACCUCUAUAGAAGAUGUGCAAGACAGGGGUACGCUCAAAGUUGUUAAAGUUGAACCAGUCAUUGUAGAUCUCUGUGCAGUGGAAGAAUCAGAUGGCGUGUCAUCCACAUCCUUAGCAUCUCAGGACACAAUUUUGCUCUCCUCAUCAUCUGAUGAAAGUCCCUUGUCCCAACCAUGGCCAAGAAAUGUUGAAAUUGGAGAAACAAAAGAGGCAAUGGAAGAAGAGAGGGUGGUUCUACUCACAGAAGUGAAAAAGACCAACAACGAGGAGAUUAUCCGUGAGAAAAUGGAGAAGACCUUUUCGUAUCGACGGUUGGAGGUUGUCAACCAGAUGCCCUCAGUCCCAGAUGUCAUGGCGAGAUGGCCUGCCCUUUUCUAUGAGUCUCAGGUAAAGGAGGAGUUCAAGAGGAUCACAACUAUCCAUCUGGACCAAACCUUUUUGACUAAGAUGGAUCUCUACACUCCAAAACUCCUGACCAUCUUCAAGACAAAGGGUGGGACUGCAGGCACAAAAAUAAACAGCGUCUUGGAGUCACUCAGUCAGAAACAGAUCUAUAGCCAUGAUGCGGUCAUCCGUUGUCUGAUCCAUUUCCUGGGAGAAUCGGCAGAGGAGCUCAUUAAAGACUACCAGGAUGUUUCCAAGGAUGUCAUCGAACAAGACAUCAAAGACCAUGAGCUAAAGAUCCUUGUGCUGGGCAGUGCAGAGGGUGUCUCCCCAACUGAUGUCAUCAUUGUGAUCGAUGAGCCCCCGUCCCUCUCCAUCUACCCCUCCCCCCUCCCCCUGGUGGUCCCUGGCCAGGCCGUGACUGUGCAGUGUGAGGCAUCUGGCUUCGUUCCCCUCUCUCUGGAGCUGGCCUGGGAGUUUGUGGGGGCCGACGGCAAGCCGCGGGCCCUGGGCCAAGGCAGCGUGAGCGGGCACAGGCAGGCCCUGGACGGCACCUACAGCCAGAGUAGCCGUCUGGAGCUGGACUCUGCCAAGCUGGGCCUGGGCCGCGGAGGGGAGGUCAGCUGUGUGGCCGUCCACAAGGGGGGAACCAGGAAGGCCAAAGUCGCCCUGAAUGUGAUCGGUGUCAGUGCUCCGUCCAUUGAAGACUCCAUGGCGAUGGUUGCUGUAGCUCUGGGCCUGUAUGGUCUCAUUAAAGUGUUCAGUUGGACCUUCAGCUCAGCAGAAAGGGAAGUGAUCAAGGAACAUGCACUCCCAUGA